AUUAGAGGAAGAUAAGGCUAUCUAAAACUUCUCAAAGUUGUUUGUUUCUUGCUAUCCAAAUAACAAUUACUUGGACGGUCUCUUCUUCCUCAGAUUAACGAGAAAAAAAUCUCUAAAAUGGCGUCAGUUUCUGCAACUUUGCCUCCACCAUUGCUGCUCACUCAGAGAAAACCUAACCUCACAUCAGUUCAGAAACUCCCAUUUUCUCUUAUUCGAGAUAGAAGAAGCCAUAGCAUGAGUCUUAUGGUGAAAGCUAGUGGCAAAAGUUCUGAAUCAUCUGAUCUCGACGUCAUUAGUUCAAUUCAGAACGUUUGGGAUAAGUCUGAAGAUCGUUUAGGUCUUAUUGGUUUGAGUUUUGCUGCUAUUGUGGCUCUUUGGGCUUCACUUAACAUCAUCACGGCAAUCGACAAAUUGCCUGUUAUCUCCUCUGGGUUUGAACUAGUUGGUAUCUUGUUCUCAACGUGGUUUACAUAUCGAUAUCUCUUGUUCAAACCCGACAGAGAGGAGCUAUCCCAAAUUGUCAAGAAAUCAGUAGCCGAUAUACUUGGCCAGUAAGGCAGUAAACGCAUGUGUUAUUCUGAGAUGAUUUGUGAUUUGUCACAUGAUAGCUGUUGUUGUUAUCUCGAAUCCAGUUUCAUGUACUGAACCUGUAAAUACUAUAUUGUGGGUUUUGGUUGCUGUUUCUUGUAAACAAAUCAAUCAUUUCAUAAAUAAAAAGAAUUAAGACAUCA